UGUUGCUUUCCCGUACGAAGACGAAGCCGCCGCCGCCGCGAUGAUGGCCGCGGAGAGCCCUUCCUCCUACCCGAGGACGUCCAUCGAGGACGAUUUCAACUACGGCACGAAUGUGGCCUCUGCGAGCGUCCACAUCCGCAUGGCAUUUCUGCGCAAAGUCUACAGCAUUCUUUCAGUUCAAAUUUUCUUGACUACGGUGACCUCUGCAGUUUUUCUGUACUCGGAGACAAUUCGGACAUUUGUGCAUGAAAGCCCAGCUGUACUUCUGGUUUCCGUGCUUGGUUCUCUGGUUGUGAUUGUGGCAUUAACUUUGUACAGACAUCAGCAUCCACUUAAUUUAUAUCUUCUCUUUGGCUUUACCCUUCUUGAAGCACUGACUGUUGCUAUUACAGUGACUUUCUAUGAAGUAUCUGUUGUUCUGCAAGCCUUUAUCUUAACGACGGCUGUCUUUUUGGCUCUCACUGUGUAUACUUUGCAGUCCAAAAGAGAUUUCAGCAAAGUUGGAGCAGGGCUGUUUGCUUGCUUAUGGAUUCUUUUCCUAUCAAGCUUUCUAAAGCUUUUUUUCUAUAGUGAAGUAUUCGAGGUAGUACUAGCUGGUGGAGGAGCACUUCUGUUCUGUGGAUUUAUCAUCUACGACACUCAUCUUCUAAUGCACAAACUCUCCCCUGAAGAAUACAUACUGGCUUCAAUCAACCUCUAUUUGGACAUCAUCAAUCUGUUCCUACACCUGCUGCGUUUGCUAGAAGCAUUUAAUAAAAAGUAAUUGGGAGUUGUUAAAAUUUGAGAUAAUUUGGAUGUAGCAUCAAAAAAGUUAUUAAGACCUAGGAAAUCUGCAGAAUGCUCUGAGAUUGGAGCUUGUUUUUACAUUCCACUGUGGUUUCAGUGUUUUCUGUAUAAAGGGUGUUUUAGAGAACUGGUGUUUAUGAUUCUAUUCUGAGAUCAGUUAAUUACAUAUUGCAGUCAUCUUGGCUGUUCAGUAAAGGCUUUACUCCAUCCGUUUGCAUAUCCUUUUUGAUUGAAAGCCUUGCUCAUCAACCUCCAUUUGUGCUAUUAGAAUUCUAUUUUCUGCAAUAAUUGCCACAGAUGUGUCCUUUGAUAUUCACAAUUGUCACUGGCUGGAUAGCAUAAAAUGGAGUCUCUUAAUUUUGCUAUUGAGCAUCAAAGCUUUAAAUAAGCUAACAUUCUGUUGCUGGUCAUCUGUGGAAUGUGAAAGCUUACCCUACUAGCAUUUUGAUGUGAAGGAAUUAUCCCACAACUUGGCUCCUACACUUUCUGAAAUGUUUUAAUGUACUUCUAGUUAAAUACUGUGUUUCCAAACACUGCAGUAUUUUGUGAGAUUAAAGGAACUUUAUUACAAAAGUGGAUAAUUAAUACAAGUAAAAGAUGUAAAUUAUUUGUUUAACAGUAGUUUCUGCUAUUUUGAAGGCUUGUAUCCGGUCUAUUUUAGAUUUGUGAAAUUUUAAAAAGUUCUAAAGCGUGUUUAUAUAUA